GUUAGGUAAACUGGCAAUCUGAUGAGUGUUUGAGUAUUUAGUUUGAGUCGUUUGAAGUUCAGAAAAAUGUCCUUCCUGUGGAGUUCAUCUGAAGUGCAAGCUACCUCGAGUUUCGACAUCGUUAAGGAACUCUUCGGCGAAUCCGACGCAAAAAUUGUUUCCAGUAGUACCAUAGGAAAAACUAGUUAUGGUCAACAAGUUGAGGAUCCAGAACCAGCAGAGUCGGAGGCUGACGAUGGAAAACCAUCAGAGAUUAGUUUGGGUUCACGAAUGCAAGCGCGCCGGCAAUCGAGUAUCCAUCGGGAGUCGAUUAUUCUUCAGAGUAUUCGUAAGAGAAGCGGAAUUUCCGAAUUUGAAUCGGUGGAAACCGUGCUAGAGUCCAAAUCAUCACUUCAUUGUUCUCCAGUAACGUUGAAGUAUCUAGAGGAAAAGCAUGCUGAGCUGUUACUAAAAUAUACCACCUGUCUGGAAAACACUCAUGAUAAACUACUCAAGUUGGGCACCACAGCAGUUGACAAAACUGGCAAACCUAAAUCCACAGCGACGAUUGAAUCUCUUCUGAACAAAAUCAACAUGGUUCGCUCCGCAUUCUCCAGAUAUCGUCGGAAGUUACUCUCCAACUCCCAAAUACUUGCCCACCUAGAAAUCCGCGACGCCCUGCUAGACCUGCAGAUCAAAAACAUCCGCCUAGAAGAGUUGCACGAUCUACAGGUCGAGGUCAGCCGAACAACGGAAAAGAUCGACGAAUACAGCAAGUUGAUGUCCAAAGCGCGGCAACAGUACGUGAGCGAUAUUUCCAAGGCGGCCCAUGUUCGGGAGAAGUGGUUCGCCUUUCAGAACAAGAUCUUGACCAAGAUGGACGAUUUGAAUGAGCUGAAGGUUGCCAUUCAGGAACAUCGGGAGUACUUGUGCGGAUUGCUGCAACGAAAGAAGCAACUAAGGCAGGAGAAUUUUGAACUGAGGAAGAAGUGUAGGAUGAUUGACAAUAAGCCACUGUUGAGGAAGUAUGACAGUGUGGUAGAACAGAUUGAACAAGUCAACUUCCAAAUCCAGCGAUUUGCAGAACUAUGAAGCAACCCUCGAAAAUCGAAGUUAACAUCCAACAUUCAACGAAUCAAUCAAUCUCAAGAACUCCACCUCCUUUAGUCUCACAUCUAUUGUCAAGAAUCUCUAUCUUAAUUAAACAAGCUCUAUGAAAUGAAUCAAUCUCCCGUGAUGCUCCCCCAUGCUUGGUCUCGGUCUCGGUUUCAAUCGCCACUG